AAGUUUAAAGUCGAGUCUCAGAGACUCGGAGCUUCUUCUUCAACCAAGGCCUGCACAAACCAUAACAUUAUACCCAACGCCAUGACUGGAAAGUUCAGAAAAUAAUAAGAAAAUCAAAUGAGCUAUGAAGUUUCACUUCUACAAAGAAACCACAAAGACCAUAGCUGAAGUCGCCGGUGAGCAGAUCCUCAAACUGAACCAAAGUCUCGCAAAGCUCACUCGCUCCCAUUGUUACUCAGAGGCCCUCCAACUUUUCACCCAAAUCCUGUCCUCGCAAUCCGUAAGACCAGACCACUACACGCUCUCUGCAGCCGUCACGGCCUGUGCUAACUCCCGCGACGUCGUUUUCGGAACCCAACUCCACGCCCACGCCAUCCGAACUGGCCUCAAAGCCUACCCUCACGUCGCCAACACGCUGCUCUCGCUCUAUGCAAAAGCCGAAGAUUUGAAUUCUGUGAAAUUGGUUUUCGAUGAAAUUGAAAACCCAGAUGUUUAUUCCUGGACGACGCUGUUGUCGGCAUGUACUAAACUGGGGCAUGUGGAUUAUGCAUCUAAGCUGUUUGAUACAAUGCCUGAAAAGCGUAAUGUGGCGAUUUGGAAUGCAAUGAUUACUGGGUGUGCAGAGAGUGGCUGUGAGGAGGUGGCUAUUGGGUUGUUUGGAGAAAUGCAUAGGAUGGGUGUUAUGCAUGACAAUUAUAGUUUUGCUAGUGUUUUGAGUUCUUGUGCUUUGGAGGGUCUAGGUUUUGGGAGGCAGGUGCAUACGUUAGUGAUUAAAACUGGGUUUUUGGGUAGAUCUUCUGUUGUUAAUGCUCUGCUAACUAUGUAUUUUAACUGCAGAAGUGUUUUGGAGGCAUUUGAGGUUUUUGAAGAAGCAGAAGAUGCGGUAUAUGACCAGAUUACUUUCAAUGUGAUGAUAGAUGGUUUGGUGAAUGUGGGAAGAGAUGAAGAGGCUUUGAAGAUGUUCAAAUUGAUGCAAGAGGUAUGUCUUAGACCUACUGAACUGACUUUUGUAAGUGUUAUGAGCUCAUGUUCAGCUGCAAGAGUUGCCAACCACAUACAUGCCCAAGCUAUAAAGUUGGGUUUCGAAGCUUUUACUUCUGUGAGCAAUGCAGCAAUAACCAUGUAUUCUGGUUGUGGGGAUUUGCAUGCAGCUUACCUGGUUUUUCAGGUAUUAGAAGAGAAGGAUCUUAUAUCAUGGAACACCAUGCUCUCGACUUAUUCUCAGGGAAAUAGCAGUAAAUUGGCCAUCUUGAUCUACCUACAAAUGCAGAGGGCAGCGGUAAAACCAGAUGAGUUUACUUUUGGAAGUUUGUUAGCAAGCUCCGAGUUCACUGAGACUGUGCAAGCGGUUCAAGCCCUUGCACAGAAAUAUGGGCUUAUCCUUAACAUUCAAGUUUCAAAUGCCUUGGUUUCUGCAUAUGCUAAGCAGGGUAACAUGAAUCUG